CUUGACUCCACACUCCACACUAUUCAACACUAAAAAUUGAGUCUUGAAGGGUUUCAACGAAAAAAAUUGAGUCUUGAAUUUUCUCAAAAAAAAAAAAUCGAGUCUUGAAAGAACUGUUAAACCCUAAUUGCAGAGAAGCUUUCACAGUCAUCAAUGGCGGUUGCAAAUCCUCCAUCGCUAGACAUCUUAGUGAGAGAUCAUGGGGGUUUUACUAUCUGGAGCGGCCCCCCUUUCAGCAAUGGGGAGCCCAAAAUUAAGCUCGAUAAAGUUCCCUGCAACUCCACAAAAUUCAGCGACGAUGGAUCCAAGCUCAUGGCUAUUCGGUCCGAUUCCUUAAUUACCGUCUACGAUGCCAAGAAUUUGGUGGAAAUUAGGGGUUUUCAAGUCCCCAAUCUUCUCGCUGCCAGCAUAUCGCCGUGUGGGACAUAUGUGCAGACGUUUCAAAAAUCAUCCACGCCGCAGGUGAAGAACGUGGUGCUGUGGAAGACGGAGACUGGCGAAUCGGUUUAUCAAGCGUUCCAGAAGAAUAUGACGAAGGCGACAUGGCCGUCAAUUCGAUUUAGCUCCGAUGAAGCUGUGGCGUGUCGUCUGGCGACGAAUGAAGUACAGUUCUUUGAUGCUGGAGAUUUCUCGAAAGGUGUUGUUCAUCGGCUUAGAGUGCAGGGAAUUGCUGCAUUUGAGCUAUCGAAGAGCCCUGGCUCGUAUGUGGCCGUAUUCGUUCCUGAAUCGAAGGGGAUGCCAGCCAAUGUUCAAAUAUUUUCUUGUGCAAAGGAGUCACAGAGUCAGCCUGUUGCCCGUAAAAGUUUCUUUAGGUGUUCCUCGGUGCAAUUGCAUUGGAACCAUGGCUCCAAGGGGCUCUUAAUUGUUGUGCAGUCAGAUGUUGAUAAAACAAAUCAAAGUUAUUAUGGAGAGACAAAGCUAAACUAUUUGACUACGGAUGGAACUUAUGAGGGAUUAGUGCCACUCCGUAAGGAGGGGCCUGUACACGAUGUUCAGUGGUCGUCCUCUGGUAAAGAAUUCGCAGCUGUUUAUGGAUUUAUGCCUGCAAUGGCAACAAUAUUUGAUGCAAAGUGCAAUCCUCUGCUAGAGCUUGGGACAGGCCCAUACAAUACUGUUAGAUGGAAUCCUAAAGGAAAGUUUAUAUGUUUGGCAGGCUUUGGUAACUUACCUGGUGACAUGGCAUUUUGGGAUUAUUCGGAAAAGAAAAAACUGGGAGCUACAAAAGCCGAAUUAUCAGUGACAAGUGAGUGGUCCCCAGACGGACGGUAUUUUAUGACUGCAACAACAGCUCCGAGACUGCAGGUUGACAACGGGAUCAAAAUCUUCCACCACAACGGUUCGUUGUUUUUCAAGAGGAUGUAUGACAAGUUGUUUCAGGUAGACUGGAAACCAGAGUCAUCCGAUAAGUUUGGUGAUAUUGAAGAAGUUUUGAAGUCUGUUGGCUCGUUGAAAUUGGAAGAUACAACUAAACAAGGACAAGGGUCGAAAUCCGUUCAGCCCAACUCAAAACCCGCUGCUCCACAAAAACCUGCUGCCUAUCGCCCGCCUAGUGCUAAAGCAGCGGCUGCAGUUCAAGCGGAGCUAUUCGGAGAAAGUCCUACCGGAGAACUGAGCAAGAAUGCACUGAAAAACAAGAAAAAAAGGGAAAAACAAAGGGAGAAGAAGGCUGCAGAAGCCGGCUCUGGUGCCAGUGGAACUUGAUUGUUUUUUCGUCUCAGACGAGCCAUUUUCAAGGGUUCUUGAGCUAUGCCAUUUGCAGGGAGGCUUAAGGUAUUUGCAACGUUUGUUUCGACGUAUUCAACUGCUUCCUGGUUUGCUGCUACUACAUUUUUGUUUCAGUAGAGGUGGUGGCGGUGGUCUGAGUUUCAUCAUAAUUGCCAGUUGAAUUUAAAAGCCAUAAGAAUGGAAGUGGAGCUGAACUUAGAGAGAGAAACAACGGCCUUCCCCUCUUUCUCUGCUGUCAAUGGGAGCUUUUCGGUUGAUUUCAGGGACUUGUGUAGUUCGAUCUUUCAUCAUUUUCCAACCUGAUAGAGAAAAAGAAUAUAUUAUUAUAUAAAUAGUAAUAGUAAUAUCUAUUUGGUUUUCAGUUUUGAA